CUCCAGCUGGUCUACCAGUAUGAGGCUUGAGAACCAGAGCGGUGUCUCCCACUUCCUCUUCCUGGGGCUUCCCAUCCGGCCAGAUCACCAAGGCACAUUCUUCGCCCUGUUCCUGGGCAUGUACCUGACCACGGUGCUGGGGAACCUGCUCAUCAUCCUGCUCAUCAGCCUGGACGCUCGCCUGCACAUGCCCAUGUACUUCUUCCUCAGCCAUUUGGCCUUCACUGAUAUCUCAUUCUCAUCUGUCACCGUCCCAAAGAUGCUCGUGAACAUGCAGACUCAGGACCAAUCCAUCCCCUAUGCAGGCUGCAUUUCACAGACAUAUUUUUUCAUAUUCUUUGCCGAUUUGGACAGUUUCUUGAUCACUUCAAUGGCCUAUGACAGGUAUGUGGCCAUCUGUCACCCUCUACAGUAUACCACCAUCAUGAGUCAGAGCGUUUGUGUCAUGCUAGUGGCUGGGUCCUGGGUCAUCGCUUGUGCUUGUUCUCUUUUGCAUACCCUCCUCCUAACCCGGCUGUCCUUCUGUGCUGACCACACUGUCCCCCACUUCUUCUGUGACCUUGGUGCCCUGCUCAAAUUGUCCUGCUCAGACACUUCCCUCAACCAAUUGGUAAUCUUUACUGCAGGAUUAAUGGCCAUUAUGCUUCCAUUCUUAUGCAUCCUGGUUUCUUAUGGCCAUAUUGGGACCACCAUCCUCCGGGUUCCCUCUACCAAGGGGAUCUAUAAAGCCUUGUCCACUUGUGGAUCUCAUCUCUCAGUAGUGACUCUCUACUAUGGGGCAAUUAUCGGUCUAUAUUUUCUUCCUUCAUCCAACAGCACCAAUGGCAGUAACAUAAUUGCUUCAUUGAUGUACACAGUGGUCACCCCCAUGCUGAACCCUUUCAUUUAUAGCCUGAGAAAUAAAGACAUGAAAGGAGCCUUGAGAAAACUCUUGAGUAAGAAAGCAUAUUCUUCCAGCUGA